UAAAGAGAGUUAGUUAGUAGUAUUGGCCAUUUAUCAGCCCAUCAAUAGCAGCCCACUUAAGAACGCUCCUGGUAAACCCUAGUGCUUGAUAUAAAAGCCUAUCUUCUCCGCCCCACAUUUUUCAGCCUAACUGCACAGCUAACGGAGAGAAGACAGAGAGGAAAAAUGGUGUCGAUGAAGCUACAGAAGCGGCUCGCCGCCAGCGUGAUGAAGUGCGGCAAGGGCAAGGUCUGGCUUGAUCCCAAUGAAAUCAACGAAAUCUCCCUGGCUAACUCUCGUCAAAACAUCAGGAAGCUUGUGAAGGAUGGGUUCAUUAUCAGGAAGCCCACCAAGAUCCACUCACGAUCCCGAGCCCGCCGAAUGAAGGAGGCCAAGAGAAAGGGACGUCACUCUGGAUAUGGUAAACGCAAGGGUACCAGGGAGGCUAGGUUGCCCACCAAGGUUCUUUGGAUGAGGAGAAUGAGAGUUCUGAGGCGCCUCCUUCGCAAGUACCGAGAGGCCAAGAAGAUUGAUAAGCACAUGUACCAUGACAUGUACAUGAAGGUGAAAGGUAAUGUUUUCAAGAACAAGCGUGUUUUGAUGGAGAGCAUUCACAAGUCCAAGGCUGAGAAGGCUAGGGAGAAGACGUUGUCCGACCAGUUUGAGGCUAAGAGGGCAAAGAACAAGGCCAGCAGAGAAAGGAAGAUUGCGAGGAGAGAGGAGCGUCUAGCUCAGGGACCGGGAGAGAAGGCAGCGGCAGCUCCUGCACCUACAUCUCAGCCAGCUCAGGGAACUAAGAAGUCUAAGAAGUGAACUUAAAAGAGCAGCUUUUGGAUGAUUGGUGGCUCCAUGCCAUCUCUAUGUUUUUGUUUAGUAUCCCGUUUUAGUGUUUUUUAUAUCGCUUUUUAUUGUCGGUACUGCAUAACUAUGUUACCUAAUUCAAGGAGUACUAAAAUUAAAUACCUUUGUUUUGGUUUUGUCAUGCUGUUAAGUAGAUUAUGUUUUACAUUAUUUUUCUGCCAAUGUUCCCGUCUUUAAUGAGACGCUGUUGCUGUGUUUGUUUUGUAUUAAAUAUUUGUGGCUCCUUUUUGGGCUUGAAGUUUUCCCUCGUGCUUUUGGGCCUCAUGGCUUGGGGUUCAAUUUCAGAACUAAAGUCAGUCACUAGGUGAGUAUAAUUAAAAGAGCCAACGUUCUGUCUUUUGGCCCUCUGUGAGUGAUGCCUGAAUCAGAUGGUGGCUCUUUGUCAAGUCUGUGUUUAGGGAAGAGGAAAAGGGCACCAAAUGCUCUAUCUGGCUUUAAAUCACCUUGAAGGGCCUAGAAAGCACAGCAAGAACUUUAACAUUCAUAGUGUAUAUGAGGGAGAUCCCUUAAUGAAUUCAUCAUUUGAAUCCUCAUUGGGAUUGCUAGAAAGACUAGUUUGAAGUAGGAAAGGUAGGGCCGUAUUGCAUUACUCUUAGCAUUGAAAGGCUUUUACUCACUGUCCUCUUAUUUUCUUGCAAUAGAUACCUAUGUAAUUGAGAGUUGAGCUCAGUUUCAGCAAAUUAUCAUCUGAAGGCUUGGAAAGAGAGGGGCCAAUAAGACAUGUUUGGUGUUGCAGAAGAACAUUUGGCCCAAGGGUAGUCUCCAUGAGGGUAUACUCUGAAGAACCAUAUCUCCAGACAUUAAAAUGUUCUUAUUGCUCUAUGUUUGCCUUUGUGAAGAGUAAAGGAACGUGAAAAGCUUGGAUCGUUGGUCUUUUGGGGUGCGGAUUAUAGUAUCCCUAAGGGCUAUGAUGCGACCCUGAUUAUAUUUGGGUCUUUUUGUGGUGGAUUAUACAGUAUUCCUAGGGCUAGGAUGUCAUCUUGAUAGGAAAUUGCUCGGUUGCGCUUUCCAACUAGGAAAUUACACUUUGCCACCCUGCCCUCAGUCCAUUGUUGGCUAGAAAUCUAAAAUGUUGCUGCUCUAUGGCAGAAGACAACUUUUGCCCCUUGCCUUGAUAUAUAGGCUACUCUUGGUAACGGUUUGUUUUCGUUUGUUAAGGGUGAAUUGAGUUUAUUUCUACAGUCUUGCGCGAAAACAAGGGAAAGAGAAUUACAAUAUGUUUGUAAACAUAAAGGAUGACAUGUUUAUCUCUUCAUAAAAAUGCCUGAGAUUUUUC